AUGGACGUGAUUUUUCCGAAUCGACAGAUUAGUUCGCCGGACGAUGCUGAGGAGUCGGCAGCUCUGCGCCUGCUGUGCUCUACGCGCGCCCGAAGAGUAGAAGGGCCCCGCUCAACAGCCGACGUAGGAUGCGAAAAUAAAUCCGGCGCGUUUGGCGCGAAAGUUUUCGAUGGCGUCUUCGGCGACACAAAAUGGCGGCUCGUCUAUCGCACCACC